UUCACUAAACACACAGUAACAUCCGCAAUCGCUGCGAACGACAACAAACCGAUGAACCGACUUCACCGAGAAAUAAAGCUCGUCUUUAUCAAACACUCUGUGAGUUAUGAUAUGGAGCCCGAAUCGGGUGAAUGACUUCUGGGCACGGAGCGAGACACAGAGGCGUUACAGCGCGUACGGGUGGACACACCUGCGGACAGGUGUCUGACCGAACCGGCUGCGCUCCGCUGGACCAGCUGCGGUCUCUCAUCCGAACCGUGUACUGGCUCCCGGUGUCCCUGCUGCGGGCUGUCCUCCUGCUCCUCCUGUGGCUGUACCGUCCGAUCCACCGAAGCAUGGCGGCCAAAACUAAAGAUGUCGGUUCCGAGGGCUGCGAUAACACCGGAGAGCAGAUCAGAAACUAUCACAAACAAGCGUUUGAGUUCAUCUCUGUGGCUCUACAGAUCGAUGAGGAUGACAAAGGUGAUAAGGAUCAAGCGGCGCAGUGGUACAGAAAAGGCAUCGCUGAGCUGGAGAAGGGCAUCCAUAUCCAGGUCACUGGUACUGGUGAGAAGGCUGACAGAGCCAGACGACUUCAGGACAAAAUGGUCAGCAACCUCAACAUGGCCAAAGACCGACUGGAGCUUCUGGCCAAACUGCUUCCAAAGUCCCCAGUAGAGGGCUGCUCUGACCCCGCUGGCCUGUCCUUCUCCAAUGGGAACCUGCUGCCAGGCAAAGGAGCUGUUUCUAAAAAGACACUCACGUGUAAAAAUCCACCCAAACCUCACAGUGCCCCUGUAAAUGCCCUACGCCGCACACCUUCAACCGGUCACACCGGCAGGAUCGGCCUACAGAGCAAUCAGAAGGGCCCCUCCACAAGAGGUGCUAACAGACCUAACAUUAAAGCCAGCCACGCCCCCACUGCAUCGCCUCAGAAGAAAAGAGACAUCAAGAACUUCAAAAAUGUGGACAGCAAGCUGGCCAACCUUAUUCUCAAUGAGAUAGUGGACAGUGCAUCUACAGUACAGUUUAAGGACAUCGCUGGGCAGGAGUUGGCUAAGCAGGCCCUGCAGGAAAUUGUCAUCCUGCCUGCAAUACGUCCAGAGCUCUUUACUGGUCUUAGGGCUCCAGCAAGAGGUCUCCUUCUAUUUGGCCCCCCUGGCAAUGGGAAAACGAUGCUGGCUAAAGCGGUUGCAAUGGAAUCUAACGCCACCUUUUUCAACAUCAGUGCUGCCAGUCUCACCUCCAAAUAUGUGGGAGAGGGUGAGAAACUGGUUCGAGCUCUUUUUGCUGUCGCUAGGGAACUGCAGCCGGCAAUCAUCUUCAUAGAUGAGAUUGACAGUUUGCUGUGUGAGAGAAGAGAAGGGGAGCAUGAUGCCAGCAGGCGACUCAAAACGGAGUUUCUCAUCGAGUUUGAUGGAGUUCAAUCAGGAGUAGAUGAUCGAGUGUUAGUAAUGGGAGCCACUAACAGACCACAGGAGCUCGAUGAGGCUGUUCUUAGGCGAUUCGCUAAACGCAUUUAUGUGGCUUUACCUUCAGAGGAGACUCGUUUGAAGCUGCUUAUGAACCUCCUUGGUAAACACGGUAACCCUUUAACUCAGAAAGACCUGAGUCAGUUAGCCAGGAUGACUGAUGGUUACUCCGGCAGUGAUCUGACCUCACUGGCUAAAGACGCAGCUCUUGGUCCCAUACGAGAACUGAGGCCUGAACAAGUGAGGAACAUGUCAGCCAAUGAGAUGAGGAACAUCCGUUUCUCUGAUUUUGUUGAUUCGCUGAAGAGGAUAAAGCGCAGUGUCAGUCCUCAAACGCUGGGUCAGUACGCACACUGGAACAGAGAGUAUGGAGACACAACGGUCGUAUGACAUCAACACUUGAUCUUAUGCUCCUACAGCAUUAUGGAAGGAAGUGAACAUUUCUUUUUAAUGAAGACAUGGAAUACAAUUUUAUAUUUGACCUUUUCUAAGACUUCUACCUUUUCAAUUGAGACAUUUGUAGCUCAAAGUGACAACUUUGUCUGUUUUGAUUGAAUUACUCCCAGAGCUUGAGAUCUCAAACAAUAUGGAAAAAAGCAUGAUGAAACAACGACGUGAGGUGCUUACCAGCAUUCAUUUUUAUGUUAAAUUGUGCUUUUCUACAAAACUGUGCUCUUUCCUUUUUUCUGCAUCCUCCUUGAUUCAUAUGUGAUCUGUAAAUCAUUUGUGAACAACAGUCUGUCGUGUUUCUGAGUGUUAUAUGCAGAUGCGUUUGUUCCUUAAUCAUCAUUUUAUUGGUUGAUGCUCCUUGCUCCAUGUAGCUUCAGAUGAACCGAAUUCUCAGAUGGCUGUUUUGCGGGACAGAAAAUUCUUUUUGUUGUAGUCUGAUGGGCAUUUGUAGCUUUUUAUCGUUUCACAGUCAAUCAACCCAAUUACCCUAUGUGAUUUACCCCUUCUGCCACUAUUUUAAUACAUUUAAGUCUUUGUUUGAUCAUUAAAUAUGGCAAAUGGUUUCAAAUGCAAUGUCUGUAGCUGCCAUGGAAUUAAUGCCAAAAGGCUUCAAUGGUUGAAUCUCAUGAAACGAGAGAAGUCCAGGUUUAAAUAACAUUCGUUUUUUUUUUGACGAAAAUGCAAAUUAGACUUUUCAUAGUUGUACUGUUGCUCAAAUUAAUAGUUCACCCAAAAAUAAAAAUUCCCUAAUUUACUCACCCUCAUGCCAUCCCAGAUAUGUAUGAUUUUCUUUCUUCUGCAGAACACAAAUUAAGAUUUUAAGAAGAAUAUCUCAGCUCUGUAGGUCCAUACAAUGCAAGUGAAUGGUGACCUAAACUUUGAAGCUUCAAAAAGCACAUAAAAGCAGCAUAAAAGUAAUCAUACGACUCCAGUGGUUUAAUCAAUGUAUUCUUAAGCAAUCCUAUAGGUUUUAAGUGAGAUAACAGACCAAAAUGUAACUCCUUUUGCUCUGUAAUUUCAUGACAUCAGCAGUCUCUUUGUCUAUCAUUAUUUCAAGCUUUCUAGCACCAUCUAGUGUUCUGCGUAUGUGUAACAGGAGCCAGCUGGUAGAUAGCUGUGCAGUGUGUAAACCUCACUCUCCUGACCUCAAGAGGUGCACUAGCGACUGAUGCUAGAGGCUGUAGCCUUUAGCCUCCUUGUUAGUGCACCCGCCUCCCAUGCCGGUUCGAGUCCCGUUCGGACCAGGGCGACCAGGGCUGUUUACAUAUACCUCAAGCACUAGGAUGUGUAUUCGUGCUUGAAAUGCAAUAGCAAGAUUUACAGUGCAAAAGGAGUUACAUUAUGGUCUGUUCUCACCCAAAAUGGAUUAGAUUGCAUCUGAACACAUGGAUUAAACCACUGGAGUCAGAUGGGCUACUUUUAUGCUGCCUUUAUGUGCUUUUUGGAGCUUCAAAGUUCUGGUGUGAGGAUUUACAGAGCUGAAAUAUUCUUCUAAAAAUCUUCAUUUGUGUUCUGCAGAAGACAGAAUGUCAUCCACAUCUGGGAUGGCAUGAGUAAAUGAGAGCAUUAUGUGAUCCAGGAGCUGUGUACAAGAGACCAGUCUAUCCCUCACAAGUUUAUUCCCUUCAGAACAUAAAUAUGGCGCUACUGUGAAAAAGGCUUAUAACGGGUCUGGAGAUUUGCUAAUUGAUAUAUUAAUGCUUAUAAAAUGUAUCUUUUGAUCUCUUGAUCAGAAACCGUUCAGACUGCAGUUAUAUUUGGAUUAACAAAGGCUUCGAGUUUCCCCCGUUUACAGCCACUAGAGGACAUCAGCUGUUGAGACUGUAUAUGAAUGUCUUCCUAAAUCUUGACGACUGGUAUCAAGAUAUUGUUAGUUGUGUAAAUGUUUUUCAGGAACUUUCAGUAAAUGUUUUGAAAUGUAUGCAGUGUUACAUUAUGCAAUGAUUUGAUUAAUUUGUUAAGUAAAUGACACGUUCUUAUAAAUGACUCCCUAAU